UCGCAGUCGCGCCUCCCGUUCCAAGAUGAAGUAGAAGCCUUGGUGAGAUGAUGUUUCCCCGUCUUCAGUCCUCUAGUUCAUCAAACAUUGGUGGGAAGUGACUUCCAAUGGAAAAAAGGCCCGUGCGCCUUCCUUCAGAUAGCAGAUCCGUUUGUAGUCAAUCGGUCACCUGGGGGAACUCGGACUGAAGCACAACCACAGCUGCAAACUUUGGAAGACAGAUCUCAUUCCAGCCGUACAAGGCUUGUUAGGGGAGAACAUGUCUUGCUCUCCGUCAAAGGCUCGUUCCUUGCCCGCCCUGCGGCCAGACCAAUCCUCACCUGCCGCCGCAUUGAAAGGAAGACCAACAGCUUUGCAACUUCCACACUCACAAUCGGACUUGAGGGUGUCCUAUGGUUUCCGUCUGCAGGGCAAGACAGAGACCCAAAUCUCGAGAAGCUCGACACCGAGUGGUUACCACAGUCACUACCUUCCGGUGACCGCCGUCACGAAACAUGCCGAGGCUGCCGCGAGUGGUCAGGCAGGUGACACACGACCACCCAAGAUUCCCAAACUCCGAUCGUUAUGGCCAAAAGAUGAUGCCGAAACACUGGAUUCAUCUAAAAUACAAUACCCACUAGCAACAUCUGGUCCAAAUCCUCCCACUGGCCAGCCGUUCUUCAGCCUCUCGGAAGAAGAACUCAAACAGCUGAGGAGGAAAAUGGGCAAAGGCCCUGGGUACAAAAGUUUCAGAUACCUCACCGUUGCAAAGUCCCUCAAAGACCUCGGCCGUGGAUGGGAAGGCUUCUUACGAGCCAAGGACAAGGCAGAGAAAGACAAUACGAUCAACCAGUUCUGGCACAACUUCAGUUCUGAGCUGAACACUAUCCUAUCCACAACUCGGUUCCCAGUGGGCGCGUUAUCACUUGAAAUCGCUGCUUCUGCUGCGCAAAGCAACUACACUGAAUCUACUGGUAGCCUGCAGCCAGAAUACAAGGCCGAGAUCCAGCGUUUGAAGACAAAAUUCCGACCCUCGGUUCUCCCAAGCUGGAGUUCAGGCGACUCAACAGUUGCACAUGUACCUCCUUUCUCCACUCUUGCUCCCGAAUGGAAGCCACAACUUUUCCAGCAAGAGAGGCCGGACCCUGUAUCAAAUUCUCGACCGAAGAGGAUCUUGGAACGGCCGAACUAUAGGGAAUUGCCACUUCUCGAAAGCAGCCCAGAGCCUCGAUUCAGCCCUGAACUGUCGCCUCUAACGACCUCACCUACCCCCCGAGAACUGUACGAUAGUAUACAACCAGUAUUCAUUCAGUACCCAUGCGAGUGGAACGGAUGCAAGGCGGUACUGAAUAACCUGGAAACACUCCGAAAGCAUAUUCAUAUUGUGCACUGGCAGGCUGAAGAGGCUGAGGGCACAUUGUGUUGUUGUUGGGGGUCCUGUGGAACCGGUUCGCUGAGGGUGUUCAAAUCGAUUAAAGAUCUCGAGAACCACUCCGCGGCCGCCCACUUGACGCCACUGCAAUUAUUUCCGAAUUGGGAUCGGGUACUGCUGUCCGCCCAGGAGGCAGAUUGAGAUUCCGGGAGGCUGAAUGUUCAGUGCGGAGUGUCUACGGGAUCCUCCGUUGAAUGUAACACUGGUGCAGAAAGCGCUUGGCCUGGAAUUGCCUUGACGAUCGGGAGGCUUGGGAGAUAUCUCGACUGCCUGGAGGAACAUGUUCGAACCCACUGGAUCCCGUAUGGUUGCCACCGAGUCUUCUUCAUGUUUAUCCCUGACACGAUGCCUUGUGCGUCUUGGUUGAGAUCUAUGACACCCCACCAAAAAGGGUGCAUCGGAUGUGGCCUGGCUGGCAAACUUUUAAGAGA